CCGUUACUUUUGGCGGAUUUGAGGUUGAAAUAUAUUUGACGUUCAAAUAAUAAAAACAAACAUUUGAAUCCAAUUGAAAAUGAUUAAUUAUUUAAUUAAUUAAAUGUAUUUUUUGUGAAAAAUGAAAAAAGUAAAAGUUCAAAAAAGUUCCAAAACAAAUAGCAAACCUCCUACGACACUGUCAGAUUUCUUCAAAAAAAUUGAAGAAAAAAAACAAACAACAAUAGUUAGCAAUGAUAACUUUCAAAACAUAUCUAGAGAACCAGACACAGUUAAGUUUAAAGAAAAUAAUUCUGGACCAAGUUCACCUAAGAAGAGAAAAAAUGAUGAUCUAAAUAAUACAAGUCUUAACACCAAUUGCUCCAAGAGAAUAUGUUUGUCAAACAUACCCUCAACAUCAACGAAUUCUCCUCCUACGCUCAUUAAUAUCAGAAAAUUAAAAAACAAUUCAAAAACCCCUGAAAAACAUAAAAAUGUGAAUAAAACAAGGACCCCACCACCUAAAUUAUUUCAUAGAACUCCAACAAAAGUUUCGGAUUUUAGUGUCAAUAUUAUUGAAAAUUUUAUCAAGAUUACUCCUAGUAAAUCGUCUGCUGAAAAAAUGUCACCUUCAAGUUCAGGUAAAAUAAGAACAACACCACUGAAACAUUGUUCUCCUUCAGUUUCAAAUAGAUCAAUAGAGGCACAAAAAUUGAAUGAAAAGACUCCAAGAAAAGAAACUCCUUCAAAAAAUGUAGUUAGUCCAGCUUCUAGAGUGAAAGCUAAGCUUAAUUUUGGAGAUACUGAAAAUAAUUCGAAAUCAUCUAUAAGUGAAACUGAGGGAAGCUCGAAACAAGGAAGUUCUUCAGGAUGUGAUAUCAAGGAUAUUCUUUCAGAACAUUCCAUUGAUGAUUGUUUUUCUAACUUUUUUGAUAAUGAAUUUGAAGAGGAGUUGUUAACUGAUGAAAUUGAGGCCGUAGCAUACGAGAAAACACUAGACCUAAGUGAAUCUAAAUAUUGCAAAGUUAUCAAAAUUGAGUAUUUUCCUUCUUAUAAUAAAGUAACAAUAAAAUCGAAUACUAGUGAGGAAUACGCUGUAUGCAUUCUUAGAGACUUUUGGUUCAACAUCAACCUAGAAAUUGGAGAUAAAUUAUAUAUUAUGGCAAAAAAAAUUGAAUCGGAUUGGAUUGUAGACAAUAAAAAUGGUCUUAUCGUUUAUGAACCUGAUUUGCUUAUUUCAAGCACUUCUGUUGUUGGUGCACUAUUCUGUAAGAGAAGAAGUGUUCUCAGCGAUAAAUUCCAAGGUUUUGAAGCUGGUAAUGAAUUCAUGUUGGUUGGAACUUUAGUUCAUUCCAUCCUCCAGCAAACCCUAAAAAAUAAAUUGAAAACAAUCUCUGAAAUAGAAAAUAUCCUAGAAAAUAUUUUGAAGGACAAAGAUAAUAUAAAAAAGAUAUAUGAAUCGGACCUAACAGUUGAAAUGGUGAAAUCCAAAAUGGCAAUAUAUAUACCGAGAAUCCAGGAAUUUGUGGAGUCAUAUGUUCAAGGAAAAAAAAAGCAACCAAACAAAAAUGUUUGGCAGGGUAAAAUCGAUGAAAUCGAAGAUAUUGAGGAAAAUAUCUGGUGUCAAAAGUUAGGAAUCAAAGGAAAGGUAGAUGUUACUAUAAAAAAUGGUUCUCAGGUAAUGCCUUUAGAAUUAAAAACAGGAAAAUCUUCAUUUUCUUUAGAGCACAAGGGGCAAGUGUUAUUGUAUAUUAUGAUGAUGAACAAGCUGGGAUACAAGGUAUCUUCUGGACUCCUGUUAUAUCUGAAGGAUGGAAUAAUGAGAGAAAUACCUAUUUCUGAAAACGAAAAACGAGAUAUCAUGAUCCUCAGGAACGAAUUAGCUUAUUACUUACGCAGAAAACCGAAAACAAUUCGCUCAAAAAUCAUGGACAAAAUUCAAAAAGUUACACCAUCCGAUCUACCAAGUCCUAUAAACCAUCACAGUGCAUGUGGAAAAUGCUCUUAUAAUAUUAUAUGCUCUGCCUUUUUAGAAUAUAACAAAGAUGACUUAUCUGAUAAUAAAUCACUGAAGGAUAUUAAGGAUUCAGUUUUAUCGCACCUUACGGAAGAACACAUAAAUUAUUUCAUACUUUGGAGUUCUCUGGUGAAUCUAGAGGAAGUAUCUGAAAAAUCUUGCUCCAAACCAGUUCAAGACAUUCUCAUCAAAGCUCCAACAGAAAGGGAAACCAAGGGCAGAUGCAUUUGUAACCUUAAAAUUUCUGAGACAUGCGACGAAAUGAAUGGAAUCAUGAACCACACCUUCGUUAAGUGUGAUGCAUCAAAUUUCAAUUUUAUCGCCUCAGGUAUAGAAGAAGGAAAUUAUUGUGUAGUAAGCACUGACACCAGACAUGCUGUUGUCUCUGGUUUCGUUACAUACAUAGAUGCACAUUCUAUCACUGUGGCACUCGAUAAAGAUCUGAAAAAAAAACAUCCAAGUGAACAUUUUCAUAUUGAUACAUAUGAAUCGUCUUACAGUCACGCUUUUAACCAAACUUGUUUGACGUUAUUACUAGAACCAUCUACUAGAGCGGACCAUUUGAGGAGUAUGGUAAUCGAUAAAAAGUUACCAACCUUCUCUAACAAGCUUCCUAAAGUUGUUGCUGUUAAAGGGUUGCAGAUACUCAAAAGAUUGAAUUCUAUCCAAAGAAAGGCAGUUUUGAAAGCUAUAUCCGCAAAUGAUUAUCUCCUUAUCAAAGGAAUGCCUGGUACAGGUAAAACUGCUACCAUUGUUGCGCUUGUAGAACUGCUCUCGAUACUUGGAAAAACUGUUUUAAUAACAAGUCACACACAUUCAGCAGUUGAUAAUAUUUGCGUGAAACUUUGUAAAUUAGGUGUUGAUUUUAUGAGGCUAGGUUCUCAAGCCAAAAUAAACACCAGCUUGGAAAAAUAUAGCGAAUACUUCAAAACGAAAGAUUGCAUCACACCAGAACAACUCUCCAAUGUAUAUGAAAAUACUAAAAUAAUAGCUGUUACAUGUCUUGGUUCUGGACAUCCGAUAUUGUCAAAAAGGACACUUGAUGUUUGUAUAGUAGAUGAAAGUACUCAGGUAUUACAACCAACACUCAUAAGACCUCUGUAUGCAGCAAAAGUCUUCAUUCUAGUUGGAGAUCCUCAACAAUUGCCCCCAGUCGUUAGGAGCGCAGAUGCUGUGGAAUUAGGUAUGGCAAAAAGUAUGUUUGAAAGAUUAGAAGGUGAUGAAGGUACGAUAUCAUUAACAAUGAAUUACAGAAUGAAUAAAGUGAUAACAAAAUUAGCAAAUGAUUUGACAUACAAUGGAAAUCUUUUGGUUGCCGAUGAAAAAACUGGAAAUGCUACCCUCUGUAUACCUAAUGAAAAGGAAAUGUUUGAAUCAUUUGAGUAUUGCGAUUGGAUGAAAGAAGUUCUCGACACAAAUUUGAUGAAUUCCGUUAAAUUGAUCGAUACAGGGCCCAUAUGGAAUCGCAAAGAUACAGUUAGUUGGAGAGUGAAGGAAGAGAGCAAUAAAGAGAAUAAGUUUGUUGCCAAUAUUUAUGAAGCAGCUGUCAUUUAUAAUCUAAUACAAGCAUUAUUGAAGGGUGGAGUUAAAACUGAAAGUAUAGGAGUCAUCGCGACAUAUACUCACCAAGUUAAGCAGCUGUCUUGUAUUAUUGAUAAAAAUAUUGAUGUCAGCACUGUGGAUAGAUUUCAGGGAAGAGAUAAGGAUGUGAUUAUAUACUCUUGUACAAAAAGUACAGAUCAAAAUAAUACAACAAAAUCAAAGUUCGAGAUAUUGGAAGACCAUAGAAGAUUGAAUGUAGCCUUAACUAGGGCUAAACAUAAAUUGAUUCUGAUUGGGGACAUGCAAACUGUGAAAAAAUAUUCACCAUUUGCGAAAUUGCUUUCUUGCUUUGAGAAAACCCACAUUAUCAAGUUCAAAGAUGAAGACAACAGAUGGACUUACUUAUUGAAUAACGUUACAAAAAUGUGUUCAUAGUUUUUAUCAAACCAGUGUAUCUCAUAUAAGAGUAAUCUGAUGUAUUUAAUCAAUAAACAAUUUUUUUUUCCAAA